CGGAACAUGGCAUGGUCGCUGCAUAUAUCGUUAAAAUCAAUUAAACUCCUUUGCUUUUAUUAAAAUAGAUAAACGCGGACGUCAUAAAUUAGAUAAGUUUUAAUAAUUUUAACAAGUAUUUAACUUAAUCGAUAAGACGAUCAUUUAACGAUACAGUUGAAUGUGAUUUGUUAGUACGUUAUGUAAAUUUGUGCCUUUUCCUUGAUAUUUUAUUUUUAUUUUGUUUAUGUUUAUUCAUCGCCGGAUAAGCGAGUGCAACUGAAAACGCGGUUCCCGGUAGUUGCUUUCUUAUUUAAUAACGAUUUUCAAGUAAGAGAAAUGACUGGAUUGAAGAAUAUGAAACAUUUAGACUGUCGGAACAGGACCCGAGGACACAGGAGAUUCGGCCAGGACAUCGGUAGUGGGGCGGCGAUCGAGCAAGGUAUCCGAUUCAGUAGGAACGCGAGUUGGCAGCCGGUCAGUCGCGUUGUCAGAAGUGUCAGAAGGAAGUGUCGCGCAAAGACCGGCGCUCGACAGCCCGUCGUCAGUCGCGAAAAAGAAGCGGACUGGCCCGAUCAGCUCGAUUGGCGUAUCUCAUUGCCGAGCAGGCUUGUAAUCGCGUUGAUCACCGGAGUCACGGUGUUCACCUGUCAGCUAGCAGAGUCUUACCUGCUCGCUGUCAGUCGAGGCGCCACGUGCGCGAUGGGCAUGAUGGGAAUGUUCAAGUGGCUUCGAAAAGACAUUACUCAGCGAGAACGAAACGGGUGGAAUUUAGCACAGAAGCCGUGUAUUCUAAACAAUGAUUCCUACCGAAGUGCUCUUCAAGCUUUCAUAGACCGUAGAAAAUGCUCAGACGGAUGCUCAGAGCUGGGGAAGGAAGCGCCAAGCAGUCCCGACAAAACAAGGGCCGAUUUUCUUGCCAAAAAGAAUAACAACAAAUACGACAAUGAACGCAGACUCCAAGAAAGCAAAUGUAUCUCACGUAGCGUACCCUCUGUGCCUGCCUCGGAGAUUUUCGAAGUCGGUUGGGUAGCGGGCACGGAAGACCGAUAUCUUGAACUAAUCUUUGCCGAGUGGCAAAACACAAGAGUUUCUCUCAAGAGACAUAUCCAUCCCGAAUGCAAAGGCGCGGUGAAAGCUGAUUUAGAUGUACUCCUAGAAAUUCCACAUCCGAACGUAUUACUCUUGAUGGGCAUGACGCAUACGGAUGACUACGGUUUAGUUUCCAUUUUCGAACCCGUCGAUUGCACCCUUUACCAUUACAUACACGAGCAGGGUGAACGGAUAUCGAUACAGAGCAUAGCGAAAUGCGUAGGAAGACUCUCCGAUGCUUUAAGACAUUCCCAUGUUCUCGGGUACGUGCACAGUGCCAUCAGUUCGCAUUGCGUCUAUCUGGCUUCCAGCGGCAUAGUGAAACUCGGGGGAUGGGAGCUGGCUAUGCAGGUCGAUAAUCCGAAACCGAACAGGGAAUACGAGGAGCGGUUAAGAAACGAAAUUUUCCGUUGGCAAGCGCCAGAACUUUUCCACGAUUAUGAACCACGAAAAGAGAGCGAUGUUUACGGGCUCGCUAUGUUAAUUUGGGAAAUGAGUACAAUGCAAGUGCCAUGGAAAGGAUAUAGCAGAGUGGACGUGAAACGACAGUAUGCACAACGGAAAAAAGGAGUUACUAUGUAUUUGUUCGACUUUCCACCCUUGCUUCACAAUUUGCUAGAGGCUGGACUGCAAGUCGAUGUUAACAAGAGAACACUUGAUAUGAACCGAAUGCGUAGAUUCCUUCAAAGAUUGGAGAUGCAAUAUGAAGACGAGGAACCAAUCUACGUCGACCAACACAAGAACAACAACAACGUCGACCCUGCAAAAACUUACAACUUGCCGAAUUCGCCAUCCAUAGCAAUGAUGAAGAGCGACGGUCCGAAAUUAACAAAAAGCGUUUCGGCGAAACAAUUGUUCGUUCCGAACAGUUCUGAAUCGUUAACGAAACAUUACUCACUCACUAAAAAAAUCACAUCCAAGCCAAUCGGAAACAUAAAGACGGUAGCACACAUCGAGCCAGUAAAUGUAUUCGCUGAUGACGUUAAACAUAGCAAGAAAGAGAGCGCCCAAAAAAAUAUGAACGCGUUUUAUAACAUGCAGAACAAAUUCAAGAAGAACGACUGCUCGCAUUGCACGUCGGAUAUGGCAAGUACUGUACGAAGCGAGGAAACGCUUGAUUUUCUGCAAUCGUUUGGCAGCUCGUACAAGAAAGCCAAGGACAGCGCAGACUCUUGGGUCACCUCUAUCGGCACGUUCCCAUCGAUUGACACCACCGACGAUGAAUCUUACAAAGAUGCUAUAACGAACUUGAAACAGCUGAAGAAAGACUUGGCGAGCAAGAGGGAACAUUUCUUCUAUGGAAGCGAUUCCUCUCAGACUUCUUCGUGUCCGAAUCAAAAAGUUAAGAAGAAAACACUCACCCAAGCGAAAAAUGUGGACUAUGUACCUCAUAAACCAGCUAGUCAUAAAACAAGCAUCCAACCAAAGUACCAUAAAUCAAACAGUCUAUAUGAUUCAUCUUGUGUAAAAUCGCCGAUUCAAUAUCGCAAGACACCUUACGCUCAAAUGCCAGGGCUUAUUAAAGAUGCGAUAGCGCAGCCGCAAGUAUUAAAUUCCGACCCACAAAGUUUUUUCGAAUCUUCCUUGUGGAGAAAAGAGAAAUUAAUUUGUUUGGCCAAAAUGAGAAAAUCUUAUGGAGAUGAAUCAAUGGCACGCUAUAUACAGAGUGCAGAGAACAGUAAUAUAGGUUCUUCUGCGACUUUCACUAGAAGCACCACGGUGGAUUCAGACUCACCGAAAUGCAACAAAACGUAUGUUGUAAACCAGCAAUUACAAGAAGCAGAAACCAACCGCGAAGGAUGUACAGCAGGGUCCGAAGAUAUAGACAUUUCCACGGAUACUAAUUUACAAGUCCUAAAGGACGCUUUAGAUCGUGCUACAAACAUUGUACGAAGUGCGUCUCCGAAUUCUGAUGUAUCUUGUCUAUCCCCAUUCAAAAAUCACGAGAACUUUGAAGUCUCUUUAAAUGACAGUCCAGCUUCCCGAGCCAUGUUCGAAGAUCUGUACAAUUUGCAAAACUACGACGAUAAUGAAGAAAUUAAAACUAUUGAGAAGACAACGCCGGAUGAUGAGUUUUUAUUUAGAACGGAGGCUAGUAGCAAAAUGACAACAGACGAUGAUGAAAUAGUAAGGAAACCUGAAACCGAUGUUAAUGUCAACACCAACAAUGAAAGUCAGACGCAUUCACCCAAUGCAACGUUCACCCGAAAUUUUGUUUGCGAGUCCAUCCUUGAAGUGUCGAGCGAAUUAAAUAACUCUUCUAACGAUAUAAAAGCAGACAAGACGUAUGAGAAAGUACGUACCAAAGAGAAAGAUUUAGAAAAAUCCUCGGAAAAUGUAUAUAGUUCCUCAAAAAUUGAACCAAGUAGCUUUAUGAGACAAAAACGUCCAGAGAGAAGUGAAAAAAAAUCCAUAGAAACGAAUCUUGAUUUAUUAUUCCUGAACGACACGGCAAAGGCUAAAAAUUGCAAUUCGUGUUGCCAAAGUUCUUUACCAAGGCGACGUUCUUUGCCUGCGGCGUUGAGUCAAUUAAGUCUAUUCAAUAACUCAGCGCUGGGCAAGCUACCUAUACGCAGAGGGGAUCUUCCAGACAAUACCGUUGAAGAUUUAUAUAUAGAUGACGAAUUCGGCGACACUUUAAAUAUUAACAUGAUGUUGAUGUCAACUGAAGAUAAUUUCCUGUUAGAAUUAGAUAGAAACGAAUAAUUAUAAUUUUGAUUACAAUAAUUUAUUUAAUUCUAGUAUUAAAAAAAUACAAUAAAUGUAUUUUAUGUUCAUAUCAUAAACAUUGAUAUAGUAGCCAUAAAUAGUACUAUAAUAGUAUAUAGUAGCAGUAUUCUAUAAGAUUUAAAAUGUAUCAACAUCUUUUUGUAAACCUUAAAUAUAUAUAAUAAAUAACAUGAUUUGUACGAAAAUUAUCUGAUAACAAAAAUAAACGUCUUUAAUAUAAA